AGGACAACACUAAACACAAACGCCAUUUUGUUUUUCGUUUCUUGCUGUACGCGAUUGAGGUGUGCUCGCGAAUUUUAUUUGAAUUUUAUACAUUCAAAAAUAGAUUGAAUUCGUUUUAUCUUCUUUUGAUUCAUCGAAUUCAUCACGUCGGACAAUAUGUCGGACCGAGAGAGGAGUCGCUCGAGGACUCGUAACGGGUCUCGAGAGCCGGCACCGAAGCCCGCAGCUAUGUCGCGCGGCCACAGCCGAAGCCGGUCUAGGACGCCGCCCCCGCCAAAAGCAUCGAGCAGAAAAUAUAGGAGCCCGUCGCGGUCGCGGUCGGGGUCUGCGCGGCGCGGGUACCGCUCGCGGUACUCGCGCUCCCGCAGUCGCUCGUACUCGCCGCGGGGCUCCUAUCGACGCUCCCACAGUCACAGCCCUAUGUCCUCGCGCCGUAGACAUAUGGGUGACAGGGAGAAUCCCACGCCGUCUAGAUGCCUCGGCGUGUUUGGCCUCAGUUUAUACACUACUGAACAGCAGAUCAACCACAUCUUCUCUAAGUAUGGACCCGUCGAUAAAGUACAAGUCGUUAUUGAUGCUAAGACGGGUCGUUCCCGAGGAUUCUGCUUCGUAUACUUCGAGAACCAGGAGGACGCUAAAGUGGCCAAGAACGAGUGCACGGGCAUGGAGAUCGACGGACGCCGCAUCCGCGUAGACUACUCCAUCACGCAGCGAGCACAUACCCCCACACCUGGCAUUUAUAUGGGGAAACCUACCGUCAGCAGAGGCGGAGACAACGGGUACGACAGGCGUCGCGACAGAGACGACUACUACUACCGCGGCGGCGGGUACCGCGAGCGCGACUACUACCACCGCGGCUACCGGCACCGCUCGCCGUCGCCGCACUACCGCCGCCGCCGCUACGAGCGCGAGCGCUCCUACUCGCCGCGUAAGUCUUAUUACCAUCAAGAGCGGUAGGCACACUCCCUCAUACACGGUUUGCCAAUAACUAAAUGCAAUAGAUUGCUAAACGUUAUUUAGUUUAGUGCCGGUUAUAGGUGAGAUUUUUAAAAACCAUCAAAAAAAGGAAAAGGUUAUCCUUAGUCAUCUAACACACCAUCUAGACUUUCCGUCAUGUACUCCAUCAAUGCAUGAUCAUUGCUUGUUUUAAGUGUUAAAAUGAUCAAAUACCGCAACACGACAGCGUUGAACACUUAUUUGAUCAACCUGUACUGCAGUUAAUGAUCAAUUAAAGUGUGCAUUUAUAGUGCACGAUGUCUAAACAAAUCUUAUUUUAGUUUUACAGUUCUAAAACAGAGCAUACCUUUAGCCAGAAUGGCACUCUCCUUUAUCUCUGCCUGGUUAUCAGACAUUCAAACAAAAUGACUAGGCACUAAACUAAAUAACGAGUGUUACAAGAAAGUGCCAACAAGGCUUACGUAAUUCCAUGAUUUAGUUCCAAGCUAAAAUAGUUCUUAUAUUACAAACUUUAAAGUUCAUGUGUUGGUAAACCAAUAUUUGGGACGCCGUACUUACAGGGCUACUCAAACUCCGUAGACAUUACUAGCUAAGUAAGCUAGUGGAUUGUAGUCAAUAUGAUUUGGAAUAAAUUGUAUCUUUGGUGGUGGGCGAGAAAUUUCAGUUAUCAGCUGUUAUGGCUCUACAACAAUUAGGAUUCCAUAUGGAUGUUGAUAAUUUUCCUGUAACAUUAAACCCUCAAACGUCUAUUCUUAUUUCCACUCUUACCUUUUAUUGGCUGUAUAGUAAAAUUAAUGAAGAAACUAUGUAAAUAGUCACAUUAGAUAGGUAGGAAUUAGAAACAUUUGUGUUACAAGGUUUCACAGAAUGUUAAACCUAUAAAAUUUAAUAUAAGAGAUAGUUAACUGUGUAUAGUUUUAGUAGCCCUGUCGAUUGACUUGCUAAAUGUGCAGUAAAUAGUUUUAACCCCCUCUAUGUGAGAAUUUGUAUUGACGAGUGAAGCUCAAGAUUUUGAUUGUACAAAAUAUUGUAUGUUAUUUUUUGACACAAAGUCGCCAUUCAUUUCUAUUGUUACUUAUAGGUUUUUAUUUGGGUAGAUAAAUUCAUUUAAACUCAAUUGACAAUUAAUUUCAUUAUACUUUGAUAUUCAUAUAAACUUUGCAAUAGCUAUGAGAAAUUGUACUUAUUCAGUUCAAAGAUACCUUUUCAUAUACCAAAGAAUGGGUUCGCCCAAACGUCGCACUUCCACGAAUUGGUAAAUAACACGGAGGAGAAAAGACUAGCGGAGGUGCCCUAACGUAAAAUCUCCUAACAAAGCAGCGCGCCAAAAUUCGGGUGAGCGGGGGAUGAGGAACGUUACUGGCUCCACCCGUGCUCCACCCUUAUACGCCUUUUAUGGGAAACCACCCAUUUUUUGUAAAUCCAUCUAGCGUGGAAUAGGAUGAUUAAAAUCUAACCCUAAACUAACAUCGACCACUACCACUAGUGACAUAAAAGCAAAAUAAAUACUCAAAAUUAUAUAAUAAUUCUUUAAAAAUAGUAAUUGAAUUAGAAAGUUUGAAGAAGCAUUCAUUUGAAAUGAACGAAGAAAAAGAGAGAGAUAAAAAAGUUAGAAAAUUAAUUCUUAUAUAAAUAUAAUUUUGGGCAGAGAACUUGCCCCACAACAAUUUAUUUACUCCCCCAGAAAUGAAAUAGGUAUAAUUCUACUAGGAAUCAUUAAUCGGAGACUCGAUGAAAAAUCAGUUUUAUUCACCACGGGUCUAAAAUACCCCCUUGGUGUAAUUUCAGUAUCAACUUAUGUCAUUGUGUUAGUUCAUCUACUAGCCACUAUGGCAUCACAAGCACGAAAACUCGUUCUAUUUGUUCUAGAACCAUGCUGCGAUGACUGUUGUUAUUUUCGAUGUUGCCAUAUUACUAAAUUCACCAAGAAAAAUGGGAAUCAAAAUUAUAGGGACAGUUUAUCAAAUUAGAGUUUUCAUAACUGUAUCAUAAAGGAGCAUCCACUAAAUAACAGACUUUAUGUGAGUCGGAUGUUGCUCUGAGUAAAGGUAGGUACAUUCAAAAAGUAUGUACGGAAAGAGAGAUAUAUCUAUGUAAAACAUUGCUGAUGAUGAAUAUAAAUAAAUCUACGCUAAUUUUUGUCACAUCUUAUAUUUGCUAUAAAUUGGAGUCAUUGCAAAAAUACUGUUUUUAUAAAAUGUAGAAGACUACGAGAUCUAAGAAGAUCUUAUUACAUGUAACUGAUCACAACGACGCUGACUGGUUACUAAAAGAAAUACAUAGAGUUAUUUAUGAUUAAUUUUAAGAUAAUUGCGGCUUUUUUAAGAAUGGGUGAUUGAAUUUUCGAUGUCUGGUAGCACUUAAUUUUGUAACGGGUCUCUCUGUCUUGAUGAACACAAUUUUACUUCAAGUAUACGUAAGUCGACUACUUACCGAAAGAUGGUGUUUUUAUAAUUUUAAAUUUUCAUGAUAAUAUAUCAUAUAUUUUGGUUUGUAAAUAAUCUAUAAAAAAACAUGUAGGAUGCAAGGAAAAAUGAAGCUGCUUUUUAAGGCAAAAAUUGGUAUCAAUAAAUAUACAUUGACACAAGAUUCAUACGAAAAUAAUACAGGUUCACUUAGAGGUUCUAGAAAUGCAGCUAUUCGACGACAGAUGUCUCUAGCAAAAAAUAUGUUUUAAAGUUAAAAUAUUACUUACACGUGAAAUGUUAUCCUAUGGUAUGUUUGAGUUUGGAUCCUGAGCAAUUUCUACAAUUAAUGAUAGCGCAUUUCAUCGUUUUAAUCGAGUAACAAAUAAAAUCUGUUGAAAUUGUGGUAAAAGUACAACUAUGACAAGAUGUCAGUUUGAUGUGAAGGACGGUCUAUGGGCGGUGUCCAGCCACGCCUGCCGUGACGUAGUCGUGACGUAUUUGACCUACUUGAAGGCGCGUGACCUACCUGCGUUAGGGCAUCUCCGCUAGUCUUUUCUCCUCCGUGGUAAAUAACCACAAAGCUUCUGUAUAUAAUGUAUGUGACUGUAUGAAGUGGGGUCUGUCUUUGAAUCUUUGUUUUUAGUUAAUAAUUAGGAAUAAGUUUCUAAAUGUUGUCUGCUAUAUCAGUUAUCUAUCAAUUUAUUCUAUAAAAUAACCAGUAAAGUAAAUAUUACUAUAUGAUCUGCGUGCGACUAAAAAUAUAACAAUUAGUCAAGAGUAGUUUACUACACAGUUCCAUUCCAUUGUUAUCGCGCGCGGAUCAUAUCUCAUGCUAACGAACUGCGUUUGAAUAGUCAAUUAUGAAGAUAGAACAAUUUGAUAGAUACCGUGUCGCCAUGACCACCGCAGUAGCGUGAUAUUGUUACGGCAUAACACAUAGUUACUCCCCUCUUUGACUUUGCAGGUCGUUAUUAGUAAGUGCGCGAUGCUGAGUGCAACGUCAGAUAGCAUAGCAUUUUAUAGAACAGAUCCCAACUAUGUGUCGCGGCCCCCAUGCAUUUAGUUCUGUGGCCGUUGUUAACGUUGUGAACAUUCUGUAACAGGCGGGCCUGCGCCGAGCCAGCGCCGGCCGCGCCUCAAGAGAGAAGCUAAUUUGUGUUAAUUGUAUGUGAUCAGAGGGUCUAGUUCUAAGUUAGCGUGUAACGCCCGCGCGGGCAUAGUUGCCUCUAGGAUGUAAAACUAGCUCUAAUAAAGAUUUAACACUAAGUCUAAUAUUGAUUUUGUUUGUUUGAAAAGGUAUUGAAACAAGAAGUAAAGGAUGAAGUUCCUUGAAACUAACUGUGUUGAAGUUUUGAAAAUGUUUGAUUGAAAAGUCCUUUCGAAAUGGCGCUCGCCGGAAUCGGGCCGGGCCGGUCGUCCGGGUCAUCAGCCGCCGGCUCCGGCUUGUCGAAGCGCAAAGAAUAUGAUCGCGUUAGCCGCUAAGUAGGAAGCCCAAGCUUUGCGAAGACAUUGAAGAGAGAAGUCGCGCGCACAGAUCAUAUUCUUUAUCUUCCGACUACCGAACACUUGUAGCCAAGUGGCCACGUGACCUUGCAUUUCUCGUGUUGCUGCUUACAUAUGUAUUAUUAUGUAUUCGGAUGUAUCGAGUGGCAUCUCACGACAUUAGCGUAGCGUUGUGUUGUACGACUUGUUAAUAAACAAUAGUUUUGUAACGUCA